GUUUCAUUUCAUUGACUUACAAGUCAUCCGUUUACUCUUGGAAUAAAACAAAAUCGGUGUAUCUUAACAUCAUCUUUACAUUGUUAUUUCUUGAAGAUGUCUCAGCAUCGAUCGAGUUGCUUAGCCUCAGUACCACUGUUCUGCUUAUUCUCAGCUUCCUUCUACCACACGGCAGAAAUGAAGCGGGACAAAUCGGGGUGUGCUACGAGAAAAUUGGAAACAACUUGCCACAUCCGGCAGAUGUGGUUGCGUUUUACCGGCAGCGUAACAUCCAGCGGAUGGCUUUACUAUCCUGACCAUGAGGUUCUCGCCUACUUCCAGUCGCAAGCAGACACUUGGGUCAGCAACUACGUCCGCAACUACACAAAUGGUGUCAGAUUCCUCUACAUAUCGGUAGGGAAUGAGAUGCAACCCUCGGACCCAUACGCAAUGUGUCUCCUCCCCGCAAUGCAAAAAAUCGAGAGAGCUGUUUCAGACCUCGGGAUCAAGGUCUCCACAGCUAUAGACACCAGCGGUUUUAGUGGGUUUCCUCCCUCGAGUGGAUCGUUCACCCCAGAUUUUCGGAUCUUUCUUACGCCGGUGAUAGAAUUCUCGGGAAUCAGGAAAUCUCAUCUGCUCGUGAACCUCUACACUUACUUCGGCUACGUUAACAACAUGAGAGCCGUCAGUUUGGAGUACGCGCUGUUAGCUUCAAAAAAGACUGUAGUCAGUGACGGGUCAAAUGAUACGAGCCGACUGUGAUCUCGUAACCGGUGCCGUUUUUCACGUGAAGAAGAGAAAGAUAGAAAUAACUAAGCUUCCUUUAACCCUAAAUUCUCUUGGAGAUUAAGGUUAAUUGUUGGAAGUUGAAUCUUUAUUAAUCAUAUAAAACCAUUAUAUAGGUUAUGACACAAGAUAUCAUAACCUAAUUAAAAGAGGAAAAUACCUAUAAGCUUAACUAAAAGGAAAACAUCCAAAUCUUUAAUCUAACGUAAAUAGUAAAUCAUCAAAAUCAUAACUUUUAUUCCAAAACUCAUAUCUCAUAUCAUUACUCUCCUCCUCGACUAGGAGCUUGUCCUCAAGCUCCAACUCUAGGCAUGCCUCUAGCAGCUUCUCUUCUUCCUUCCACA